CCAAGGCAAGAACUCCAUCACCUGCAUUUGCCGGUCGUUUGGGUCGGUGAUACAUAAUUUUGAAACGAAAAUAAAUUAUAUUUCCUCGCACGGAAUUUUAGAAAAAACGUCGACAUUCAAAGCUUGACACCUUCGAUUUUCACUUUCGCUAGUUGACGCUAUUUAGAGAUCCAAAGCCCCAUCAUGAGAAAGCCUGCAAGAAAAAGCAGCGUGACUCCAGCGCCUGCUGUUGUGAAGACUUACAGCAAGGGAGACCUUGUGUUCGCCAAAGUACGAGGCCAUCCAGCUUGGCCUGCCAGAAUUGAGGAAAUCAUUCUUGGAGACAAAAAUCCCUCUCUGGUCAAAUACACAGUUUUCUUCUAUGGCACCCAUCAGUUCUCGACUUGCAAGCCAGACGAGCUCUGCAUGUAUUCUGACGUUAGUGAUGCUAUGAAAACCAAGUGCAAGACUAAGCGCUUCAUUGAAGCCAUGAGAGAGGUUGAGGAAGCACCUGAUGUUGCUGCGGAGUUGCCAGAAGCAAAUAAGAAGAGUGAAGAGGAGAAACCUUCCAACGAUGAAAUGGAAGAGACAGAGGACAUAGAUGCAGAAAAACCAGAAGAAGAGAAACCUGUUGAAAAGCCUGAGACAAGUGCUAAGAAGGUAAAAUCUUCCAAGGCUGCUGCCACUCAGAAACGCAAGUCCAAGCCUGUUGAAAGUGAGGAAGAGUCGAGCUCUACAGAAAGUCCAGUAACAAAGAAGAGGAAAAUCAACACUCCCACAUUGAGGGUCAACCUCGAGAGAUUGCCAAUACCUAAAACACCUACAAAGGUGGAAGAAACUCUUUCUGAAAGUGAAGAUGGUGAUUAUGAUAAGGUGGAACUGCAUCCAAAUUCACCCGAAGCAAAGCAGGAUGAUGUUGAAAAGGCCAAAAAUUCUGAGGAGAAACUGACUGAAAAAACUCACAAGUUUGAUGAGAAGUCAAGUGAGAUUGAAAUAAAAGAUACUUACCUAGAGUACAGAGAACCUGAAGAUGAAAAUAUGCCUGAAGAUGAAAGAAUUGUCAGGAGACUGAUAAAGAAUUCCAUCUGGGAUUACAAUGUAGACAGUGAAGGACUGAAAUUGGUCCUUCGUCAGAUGGGCUACCACUUCAAUGAAAACAAAAUCAAGAACUGGGAUUCGUCUGAACUCCUUGAAAUGAUUGCUGCUGAAAGAUCUCAUGCUGAGGAGAAAAUCAAAGAUUGUCUCACAUUCAAUCCUGACAAACCUUUUGAUGAGGACACAAAGGCCAGAAAGAAAGCCAAGUUUGAUGGUGACGAAGAGUCUGAUGACGAUUUGGAGGAUCAGGAUGAAAUGGACAAAGAGGAAGGAGUUUUUAUCAAAUACUUCCCAAGACACAGCGUUGAUCUGAUGCUGCAAAUCAAAGAUCUAAAUUGCUGCCCUGACUACUUUGCUUACAUUGUGCAGUUGGCUACCAAUAAUCCUGAAAAUGACUUCACCAUGGAAAGCCAGCCUUUGCCAUUGGAGCAGCAGAGAAAGCUUUUCAUAAAUGAGGAACGGUAUUUGCUUCUCACUGAAGAAAUUCGUGAUAGACUUCGCACAGGAAUCAAGCACGACACAAAGACUGUCAUUGCUCUUCUGGAAAACAUCAUGGAUUUGGAGCUAAAUAAUAUCAUGAUUAGCAAGCAUCCAUUUGCUGUUUCCAAUAUUUGCCUUCUCACUCAGUACCACGGAAGUGAAAUUGAUGGACUGUCUAAAGAAGAAUUGGCUAACGAAAAGGUGGAUGCUGAGAUUAUCAAAAAUUUGGCCUUUGAAGUGGUAGAUAAAAUGCAGUUUGUUGUACUUCCUGAAUACUUGCUUGAAAUAUUGAAGUCUCAUGAGGAUAGCCAGUCGAGUGGAGAUGAUGAAGAGGAAUCAAAAGGCAAGGGAGUCAAAAUGCUGUUUGACACCAUUAAAACUUCACAUUUGACCAUGUCGAGGGCAUGUGAAGGCAAUGAGAAUGAACUGUCCAAAAUUCUGCAGUCUCCAAUCAUUGUUCAAAUGACAAAGUCUGAGUGCAGAAAAUUGUACACGUUGCGCCACAAAUUCUUCAAGCGCAAAGAUCGGGCAGAGAAAGAGGCUGCCUUCCGAGUGUGUGCUUUAGCUCGUAGUUUGCAUCCUUGGUCUGAUGUGCCAACAGAGUCUUUUCUGCCUGUCCUACUCAAACAAGAGGCUUCUGAGAAUGGUGAAAUCACAAACAAGGUAGCAGGCAAAAAAGUUCCAGCCGUAAAUGGCAAAAAGUAGGACAAAGCAAAGCUUGUCCGAUUUCUUUCAAUUUAUGAUUGCACUUGCAUAAAAUUUACAUUGCCGUAUGAGGCGCAUCAAAUUUUGACUAUCAAAUGCAGGUAAUUGAGCUUAUAAGACUUUUUUCCCUCUUGGUAUUGUGCUGGGAUACUUGAUAAUAAUUUGUGUAUUGAUUUCCCUAAGAGCUACAGCAAUGACCAUUUAUUCCAUAAUAAAAAACAAAUAAA